AUGAGCGACAACGGGGAUCGGAGGCCUCUGAUGCCUCGUCUGCACUUUGAUAGGCGUUCCAGAACUUUUUCACUCAACAGGUUGAAGGAAAGGAACAAAAUUAUGAACUUUGAAGUUUCUUUAAGUAUCGAUCCUCAUGAAGAUCCGGUGAGCGGCCUCGAGAGGGUCAUGUCCAAUUCGAAUCUUGAACGUGAGGCUCGUCGGAGGAGAAGACAAGUUGUUGGUUUUGAGUUUAAAAGGGACAAAUGAUCAUGGGUUUCCAAAUUUUCAAGCAAAAUAUUCAAGUUGGAACUUGUAAUAAAGAAAUUUCAGAAUUUAUUAAACAGAAAGUAUCAAAAAAUAUGUGUUCGAGAUUGGCAAGAAAGUUUGUAGAAGAAAGAAAGAAAGUUCCAAAAAAAAAAACUGUAGCUGAAUAGCUUUUUUUUUAUUAUUUUCUCUUUUACAAUUAAUAUUCGUUCAUGAAGCUUCAAAAUAAAGGGAAAUAUCAUUGAAGGCCGAGGAUCAACGACUGACGUUGAUUCGACAAAGAUCGGCGGCUCCCGGAAAUCAACACUUCGAAACGGCUCUCUCUGCCCAGUACGAAAGCCUCGACUAUGAAAUUUCCGAAAACAAGCUAUAUCGGGACUCGGAGAACAAACCGACGCAUCAGGUUUCUUCUUUUUGUUUUAUUUUCUUGAGAAGUUUGAUAAUCAAAAUGCUAAAGAAAAAAUCAAAUUUUUUUCAUUUCUAAUUACUUUGAACACGGCAUUAAACUUCUAAAUUGAUGGAAUAAAUGUGGGAAGUGGUGAAAAUAUGCUCGGACAACUCUUUGUUAAAAUUUAGGAUAAUCGAAAAAAAGUUAGGACAAUUUUUUUAACAGAAUAGUAAUCUCUCUUGUUUUUCGCUAAAACACAGGGUAUCUUAUUUCGAAAGUUUUUUCCUUUCCUUUUUUUUCAAGUUUCAUCUUUUCUUUUCAACACAAGAUAAAAAAUGAUAGGAGGUUCAUUUCAAAAACGAGAAAUAGAAGUAAAGGAAAAUAUUGGUUUUUAAUUAUUUUUAUGACUCAAAUUACAUUACAUGGUCUCUGUUGUCGAAAAUUAGGAGCAAUUCGUUAUUUUGUACUCAUAUUUCUGCUCAAUAAUGCCACAUUGUUCAUAUUUCCGUCAAUUCCGGGCGGCUUUAUAUAAUUAGGAUCAUUUUAAUUGUUGUUUCUAGGGGGCUCGUUCCAGCCUUUAUUUAAAUGUGGUUUCAGGACGCUUUUUUUCUUUUUAAGCCAAAAAAUGGUCUUCAGAACUCCCUGUGGGUACAGUCGCGGAACCGAUGGGUCGCCUGUUUUUUCAUCGGCGUUAUAACUGCCCUUGUCGCCGCUUUCGUCGAUAUCAUGGUGCACCUGAGCAAAGAGUGGAAGUUCAACGUCAUCCUCAAAUACAGUGUGUUUUCAUUCGCUUUGAAACAGAAAACAAUAUUUGUUUCGAAAUCGCUGUUCGCAAUUUGAUGCUUUACGGUUCGUUAGAAGUACGUUCAAGGGGAUUUGAAGCUUAAAUUGUUGAAUUUCCUCAAUUUUAUAAAGCUUUUUUUUGAACUACUGAAGAAGAUUCUUUCACCUGAUAAGUCCCAACAAUAGGUAAAAUUAAAAAAUUGAAUCAUCAUAUGUGUUCCUGAGCCAGCUAAUCGAUAAGUAAAAGGUAAAAUAAAGGUUAGAUGAAUUUCGAUCUAUUUCGGAACCGUUAAGUAUGUGAAGGUAAAACUUAAUCGUUCAAAUUUGAAUCUAAGGUAUAAUUUUUAAAAAGAAAAAAAAGGCAAUUUUUCAGAAAUUCAUUUUUUUGUUCGAGAAAUAGUAAGUAAUUAGGAGGAGGUUUUUUUCAAAAAGAUAGUUAUGAAGAAAAAGUGAAUUUUUUUUUUGGGCUUUUUUAGCUCUUUUUUUCGACAUUUUCAGUGAAAAGCAUCGAUUUUUGAAAAUUUGUCGAAAGAAUGAAAGAAUGAUGACUUUUUGUUCUUUUUUUUUCAUAUCGAAAGCUUCCGAUGAGAUUGAAAAUAUGUUCGUUUGAGUGCUAUCAAAGUGCAAUGUGGAACAACGCGGCACGGCUUCGGGCUGCAUGUGGGAGACGAUGAUCACCUGGAUCCUCUACAAUUGUACUUUGGUCUCUGUUGCCGCUUCCCUUGUAGGCCUCCCCAUCCAAUUCAAUCGUAUCACCUGUACUUCUAGGUAAUUUUCGUUUCACCGAUCGCCGGAGGCUCCGGCAUCCCACAAAUCAAGUGUUAUUUGAACGGAAUCGCUGUUCCGCAGGUUCUUAGGCGAUUUGUUUAGCAAGAAAAGGGGAAUUAUUCAGGUAGUCCGACUGAAAACUUUGCUUGCGAAGGCCAUCGGCGUGGCUUGCGCAGUGAGUGGCGGACUGGCGGCUGGAAAAGUCCGAUUUUCGAACCAAAAUUUCAACAGAUUUCCAUUUUUAGGAAGGUCCCAUGAUACACUCUGGAGCCGUGGUUGGUGCGGGAGUUUCGCAGGGCCGAAGUCGCUCCUUGGGAAUCGAUUUUGGGUUCUUCAAGGCUUUCCGCAAUGAUCGGUUGGUACAGAAAAACAAAUAGUUGAAACAGAACGAAUAAUAGAAAUUUUUUUCUGUAGGUUAGAAAAAGAGGAAAUUGAGUGAGAAUAAUUUACUUUCAAAAAAAAAAAAAAUUCGUCUACCGUUCCUAUUCUUAUCGUCCUUUGUAAAAAAAAAUGUCUCUGAGAAGGUUUAGUAUAGAUUCACCGUGUUUCAUGAUCUCCGAUUUUUUAGCGAAUUUUCUAGCUUUUUGUGAAAAUUUUACCAUUUUAUAGAAAAUAAAUGAGAAGCUGGAAAAAAAUAGAAAUUAAGAAGGACUUUCCCUAUUCAGACUAAUAUUUCAUCAAACUAUUCGGAUUUGUAUCGCAGGUGAAACAGGAAAAAGAAGAAAUUUGCCAAAAAAUGAGCAGUGUUUAGUAAUAGUAUUUUUCGAUUGAAACACAAUUUUAUAAAACUUUCACAUUAGGUUGGGAAUUUCGCAUUCAUUUUAAUGACACCUUCCAAAAAAAUUCAAACGUAGGAAUAUAAUUUUUCAAAACGGGACCCCGGAAAAGAUAUGAAAAAGCACCUCAUAUUAAAAAAGCAGUAAAAAAUAGUGUAAAGAAUAUUUUUUUGAACGAAGUUCUUGUGGUCAUUUUAUCUAGGUCAUGUUGGUCCUGAUGAUCACGAAAAGGUUGCACAAAUAAAUAAAAAUUCGAAAAACUAACGACAAUUUUGAUGAGUUAAUUCCAGAGAAAGACGCGAUUUCGUGUCGGCGGGUGCAGCCGCGGGAGUCGCCGCCGCUUUCGGCGCUCCAAUCGGCGGAGUUCUUUUCUCCCUGGAGGAGGGCGCGAGUUUCUGGAACCAGAACCUUACGUGGAGAAUGGUUUCCAAAGCAUUCUUUCUCUCAAAAUUGUCGGAUCAUUCAGUUCUUCACUGCAAUGAUCUCCUCAUUCACCGUCAGUUCGAUCCUCAGUUGGUUCAAUGGCAGAAGUGGCUGGCUCUCCUGGACAGGCCUUGCCAAUUUCGGGGUCUUCGAGGUUCCAAGAGAUAGAUUUUCGAAAUCUACCUACUCAUUGUAGAACAAGGACUACAACAUUUGGGAGAUUCCGAUCUUCCUUUUGAUUGGCGUUUUUGGAGGAAUCACCGGCGCCCUGUUCAACUACUUGAACGUUAAGAUUAGUUGCUUCCGGAAAAAGUAAGCUGUUCUGAAAAUAGUGUUUUUAAUUAGUGACUGAAUCAUCGCGGAAUAUAUUUUCGAACUUUUUCUAAUCUUUUGUGACCUUCCGAAAACGAUUGUGAGAUGGAAAGGUUGCAUUUGGUAUAGCUUUUUUGCUAAGAAGUUAAAGCUCAGUUUAAUUUUUGGUUUGGCCUAUUUACUAUUACCACAUAUGGACCAACUUCAAAUCAAAUUUUUCAGUUUCUUUCUAUUAUUUUGAAAAGCUAAACUCACUGGCCAUUAACUAACUUUAUUUGAGAAAGAGAAAUUCGAAGCAUAAAUUGCGAAUCGAAAUAAAAAUAAAAAAAGAGGGGAUCAGUGACUCUAUAUCUUUAUAACUUUAACUAUUUGAAAUGAAAAUGAGGUCUUCCUCCCUCAUAAAAAAUUUUAAAAAUUAUUAUAUUUUUUAAAAUUGGAUCUCAACAAGAUCAAGGGGGGUUUUUUUGUUUUUAAUUCGGUGAACUUCAACUCAUUGAUUUCAACUGUUCAAAUUUUUUCGUGAUCCAGAUACGUUUCGACCAAGUUUUCUCGCUUCUUCGAAUGUCUCCUGGUGGCUGCCGUUUCGGCUUUCCUGGGCUUUGUGACGAUUUUCCUUGUCGACGACUGUCAGCCCGUCGGCGUCAAUCCCAACACAACCCAAGUCAAUCAGGUUCAAACUACGAACAGUUCUGGUGAACCUCAAGUGUGAUCUUCCAGAUGUGGUGCAAAAAAGGCGAAUACUCGGCGGUGGCGAGUCUUUUCUUCCAAAAUCCCGAAGAAAGUGUGAAAAGCCUGUUUCACAGCCCAAUGAGUACGACCUCAAAAAAAAUAUUUCUCGUCUAGUCAAGGUUUUCAGAUUCAUUCCGGGCUACCACGUUGGUUAUUUUCGCUGUCGAGUACUUUUUGCUGACCUUGUGGACUUUCGGAAUCGCGGUGCCUUCCGGGGUGUUUAUUCCGGCCCUUUUGACCGGCGCAGCUUGGGGCCGACUUUUCGGCAUUUUCGUUGAACAAUUGUUCCCCAGCGUUGUGAGUUUCGAAGGGGUUUUCUUUGUGAAAAAGUGGAUUUGUACUUUGAAAAAAAAACUAGAGAACAUUUCAGAAAAAUUUAUCUUCUGAAUGAAGAGACAAGGUUAGAAAGGGGGAUUGAUAAAAAUAAAAAACGGCGGAUAAAACGGGAGGCAUUAGAAAACUAUGCUCUCUGUAGACAGCUAACCGGGAAGCUUUGCGUUUGCGAUUUUUCUAGAAAUCGAUCAGAAAUCGUUUUUUUUUUUUCAAUGCUCUAAAAUGGCUCAGAAACGUCCGGGCGCGUCAGGUUCCCAUUGAAAAAAAAAAUCCGGUCUAUCUAUCAAGAUUUUCUAACUGUAUAACCCAAUAUUCCAGACUGGAAUAGAUCCUGGAAAGUACGCUCUGGCCGGCGCUGCGGCUCAACUCGGCGGAAUCGUACGGAUGACCAUUUCUCUCACUGCCAUCAUCAUGGAAGCGACCAAAGUGAAAACAAAAAAAAAUUUAAGAAAAAUAACCAGGAGUCUUUUCUAGAAUAUCACUUUCGGCCUGCCCAUCAUGUUGGUCCUAAUGAUCACGAAAUGGGUUGGAGACAUUUUCAACGAAGGUCUCUAUGACACCCAUAUUGAUCUCGCCGAAGUUCCUAUCCUCGGCUGGAAUCCGCCCAAAAUGAGCCGGAAUAUUUUGGCAGAGUGAGAUAUUUCCUGUUUUCAGAGGGAUCAUGGAAAUCCUUUCGUUCCUAUGAAUGAAGAGAACAUUUUUAAAAGUUGAUGAUUACUUCAAAAGUUUUUGUAUUGAACUUUUAGCCACAUCCAUGUAGAUAAUGAAAUUUUUCUUCUUCGAGCUUAAAAUUUAGAGCUUUGUCACCAAAACGUUAAUUUUCGAAUCUGAAGGUUUUCAAUGCAAAUUAUUCCUCUUUUCGUGUUUCUAUGAUCCUUCUCGGCUUGAUUUUCCCUUUUUUUUGCUUUCACAGAUAUAUUUUGUGUUCAGAAAAGUGAUGCGAUCCGAUGUAGUCGCCUUGGAGCUUCGUGAAAGAGUUUCGCGCAUCGUAGAGGUCAGAAUUAUCAGAAAAUACGCACGACUUCAUACUACUUGCGCCUCCAAUAAAAUUAAUUCAUCUUGAAAAUAUUUCCACUCAAUUCUGAAGCCUUUGAAGCGAGUUAUUCAAUCUUAAAAAACUUGGAAUCGCUCCAACAGCUGCGAAGCGCUUAGCGCCCGAUCUAGAGCCAUUCCAAACGCGACCAGAAAAUUUGAAGACAUGAAGAAUGAAAUCUACAGAUAUCUCGAAAAAAGAAAAUAUUUUAACAAAACCUUCAAAAACUGUGGAUAAUAUAAGAAAAGUCGGUACUUGAAAACGACAGAAACAUAAUUUUUCUCCAAAACUCCUCAUUUCAGAUCCUUCGAGCGACUGCUCACCACGGAUUUCCUAUCGUUGACCGCAUCGAAGAGUCUCCGACUCAAAGUUUGCCGGAUUACGGUAAACUCAAAGGCGUCAUAUUACGGUCACAGUUGAUGAAGCUUCUAGAGAACAGGGUUGAUUCAAAUAGUUAGAAGAAUGAUAAAAUUUCAUUUGAAGAUUCUCGAGAACGAUCGAGGAUCCAUCUAUGGCCCCGUGGACUUGGCCGAGCUCCAAGGAGAUGAGUUAGUGACAAAUAAAGUGGUAUUUGUAAGAAAGAAGUUCCAGCCAAGACCUGACUGUAGAGCAACUGAGACUGAGCCAGGAGGAAAAAGCCUGCUGGCUGAAUCUCGAGCCUUUCAUGCACCCUCAUCCGCAUCGGUUUUCCCAUUUUUGGAGGUCUUUUGAAAGAUAUCCAAUGAUUUUUAGUGUGCCUCUCAACACCUCCCUGCCCUUCAUUUUCCGACUUUUCAGAGGUCUCGGCUUGCGUUAUCUGUUCGUCGUCAACGAUGACAAUAAGGUGAGGGGUCGAAGCAGCAAGAAAAUAUCAAAGUUUGAGAAUCAAAACAGAGAUAGGUUACAACUGACUUCACAUUUGAAUAAGAAAAUAUUUUUCAAGUCAGAAGUCCAUAAAAAGUUUCAAAAUAUUCGGAAAUUAUCUGGGAACAAGCUUUCCAGGACUUUCACGAUAGGAAACCAAAUUUUCAAGUUUUUAGAUUUUAUUUCCCGGUCGGGUAGCUAUCAGUCAAAAUAAAGCUUAUUGUUUUCUAGGUUUUCCAAUUAACGGUUAAAUAUGAUUUCAGUUAGUCUAAACAUCUUCGACUUCGGCUCAGAAAUUUAUGGCCCAAAAAGUCUAUGUUAAAAGUAGUUAAAAUCUUAGCACUUACCUGGUGACUGCGCCCGACUUUAACUGACUUUCUUUCCGUGAUAAAAUACGUUUCAGCGCGCACAAAAUUCACCAUGUUGGAAUCGUUAUUGAAAACGAAUUUUCCAUAAUACUGUGCUGUUUCUUUUUUCGAUACAUCGAUUUCCGAUAAGCUUGAUAGAACUCUCAAACUUUUCAGCUUCGCGGUGUCAUCACUCGAAAAGACGUUGCGAGGUUCCGCGAACGCCGCCACAAUAACCAGUACCUCGUCGACGAGCUCUACAUCGCCGAGGAUCGUUCCAACUGA